GCACAGAGGACCAGUGCAGCUGUUGCCUGUGCGAAGUGUCUAAGAGCAUACAGGCAUCUAGAGACGGUUGCCUGUACAAUGAAGAGAUGUCCUCCGGCUGUUAGGACCUCCUGUCACCUCUCCUUGGACGCACAGAUGGCCUAUCUGGCACUACGUCACCCACAACCUACAGAGUGACCAUGAAAGGCUUAUAUUUUCAACAGAGUUCCACAAAUGAAGAAAUAACAUUUCUAUUUCAAGAAAGGGAAAACCUUCCUGUUACAGAGGAUAACUAUGUGAAACUUCAAGUUAAAGCUUGUGCUCUGAGCCAGAUAAAUACGAAGCUUCUGACAGAAAUGAAGAUGGAAAAGGAGUUCUUUCCUGUUGGCAGAGAAAUUGCUGGAGUUGUGUUAGAUGUUGGAAACAAGGUGUCAUUCUUUCAGCCAGAUGAUGAAGUAGUUGGAAUUUUGCCCCUGGAUGCUGAAGACCCUGGACUUUGUGAAGUUGUUAGAGUUCAUGAGCAUUACUUGGUUCAUAAGCCAGAAAAGGUCACAUGGACAGAAGCCGCUGGAACCAUCCGAGACGGACUGCGAGCCUACACCGCUCUGCAUUAUCUUUCUCAUCUCUCUCCAGGAAAAUCAGUGCUGAUCAUGGAUGGAGCAAGUGCGUUUGGCAUAAUAGCGAUUCAGUUAGCACACCAUAGAGGAGCCAAAGUGAUUUCAACAGCAUGCAGCCUGGAAGACAAGCAGUGCCUCGAAAGACUUAGGCCUCCUGUAGCCCGAGUGAUCGAUGUAUCUAAUGGGAAAGUCCAUGUUGCUGAAAGCUGUUUGGAAGAAACGGGUGGCCUGGGAGUCGACAUUGUCCUAGAUGCUGGAGUGAGAUUGUACAAUAAAGAUGAUGAGCCAUCCAUGACAUUACAGCUGCCACAUAAACAUGACAUCAUCACACUUCUUGGUGUUGGAGGCCACUGGGUAACAACAGAAGAAAACCUUCAGUUGGAUCCUCCUGAUAGUCACUGCCUUUUCCUCAAGGGAGCAACAGUGGCUUUCCUUAACGAUGAAGUCUGGAAUUUGUCCAACGUUCAACAGGGAAAAUAUCUUUGUAUCUUAAAAGACGUGAUGGAGAAGUUAUCAACUGGUGUUUUUAGACCACAGUUGGAAGAACCCAUCCCACUCUGUGAAGCCAAAGUUUCCAUGGAAGUUGUUCAGAAAAAUCAAGGAAGAAAAAAGCAAGUUGUUCAAUUUUAAUUUUCUUCUUUCUGAGACCUCAGUUGGAUGAACCCAUCCUAGUAUUUGAAGCCAGAGUUUUCCUUGGAGAUUGGUGGGACAAAUCAAGGAAGAUAAAAGCAAGUUGUUCCAUCCUUAGACCUGUCUUCUUGCUGUCUGACACAAGAUGUGCAGUUUUCUGACAGAUUUGAGAAGUAUGUGAAAAGUUGUGCAAACAGUUGAGAUAAUUCUGUAAUUAACUUUCGAAGGGAGUGUUCUGAAAA